AAGGCAUCUAGGAAGCUGGCGUGGCGCUGCGGGAGCGUGUGGCGGCCUGUGGGCGGGACUUCCGGCUCGUUGAAUCGUCUUCCGGCCGUGCUUGACGGGUCUGGCCGGUCUCCUGACAUGAAGCCCCCUAGACCCAGAGGUUGGUUCCUGCUGUGACGUGCCACCAUGUGGCCACUUCUUCAUGUCCUCUGGCUUGCUCUGGUCUGUGGCUCUGUUCACACCACACUGUCAAAGUCAGAUGCCAAAAAAGCUGCCUCAAAGACGCUGCUGGAAAAGACUCAGUUUUCAGAUAAACCUGUCCAAGAUCGGGGUCUGGUGGUGACAGACAUCAAAGCUGAGGAUGUGGUUCUUGAACAUCGUAGCUAUUGCUCAGCAAGGGCUCGGGAGAGAAACUUUGCUGGAGAGGUCCUCGGCUACAUCACUCCAUGGAACAGCCAUGGCUAUGAUGUUGCCAAGGUCUUUGGGAGCAAAUUCACACAGAUCUCACCAGUCUGGUUGCAGCUGAAGAGACGAGGUCGUGAGAUGUUUGAAAUCACAGGCCUCCAUGAUGUGGACCAAGGGUGGAUGCGAGCUGUCAAGAAGCAUGCCAAAGGCGUGCGCAUAGUGCCUCGGCUUCUGUUUGAAGACUGGACUUACGAUGAUUUCCGAAACGUUUUAGACAGUGAGGAUGAGAUUGAAGAGCUCAGCAAGACUGUGGUACAGGUGGCAAAGAACCAGCAUUUUGACGGUUUUGUGGUGGAGGUCUGGAGCCAGUUGCUGAGCCAGAAACAUGUAGGCCUCAUUCACAUGCUUACUCACUUGGCUGAGGCGCUGCACCAGGCCAGGCUGCUGGUCAUUCUGGUCAUCCCACCUGCUGUCACCCCUGGGACUGACCAGCUGGGCAUGUUUACACACAAGGAGUUUGAGCAACUGGCCCCCAUACUAGAUGGCUUCAGCCUCAUGACAUAUGACUACUCCACAUCCCAGCAGCCUGGCCCUAAUGCUCCGUUGUCAUGGAUUCGAGCCUGUGUCCAGGUUCUAGACCCCAAGUCACAGUGGCGAAGCAAGAUCCUCCUGGGAUUGAAUUUCUAUGGCAUGGAUUAUGCAGCCUCCAAGGAUGCCCGUGAGCCUGUCAUUGGAGCCAGGUACAUACAGACGCUGAAGGACCACAGGCCCCGAGUGAUAUGGGACAGCCAAGUUGCGGAACACUUCUUUGAGUACAAGAAGAAUCGCGGCGGGAGGCAUGUUGUCUUCUACCCAACUCUGAAGUCUCUGCAGGUGCGGCUGGAGCUAGCCAGGGAGCUGGGCGUCGGGGUCUCCAUCUGGGAGCUGGGCCAAGGCCUGGAUUACUUCUAUGACCUGCUGUAGGCUGAAAGCAACCCCCAAGUGACUGGACUUUUCUAAGCCAUGGAGUGACUGGUGAAAUAUAGGACUCUUCUCUGUUUACCAUGAGACAGCUGCUAUGGGUCCACAUGCGUGGGUAUUUCCUGGUCCAGGAUAAGAAUUGGGAUCCUUUCUACGCACUAUGUACUGCUGCCUGCUGUGGGCCAGGUAAAAACACAGUUCCCAUUGCCUAAGACAGCCAGCUCUAAGCUCAGGCCUCUUGAGUGCUUUGCCAGGCCUGUGUGGGAUGUGAACAAUCACAAAAUCUUUUAGACACCCCUUCCUAGCAUCACCCUAAAGCUUGAUAAAGGUAGUGCAGAGGGCCCUGCCUUCAUGCUGUGAUCACCUGCCUACCAUAAACACGGGUGUAUAUACAAGGUUCCUGAUACUUGAAGCAGGUUCUACACCUAUCUCCACUGGGCUUGAUGUGACCAGGUUGUGCGAUUAUAUUGGAAACUGG